UUCAAGCCAUUCUACCUUAGUCAUUAAGCCAAGCAUCGACGACAACGAUACCGAAAGCGCAAGACUCAGAAGAAAGAAUUAAGCAGAUUCAGAGUCACAGAGAGAGAGAGAGAGAGAGAGAGAGAGAGAAAUGGCGUUGCAGUGGAUGAUACUGACGUACGUGGUUGCAGCAGAGGCCGCCAUAGCUCUUCUGUUAACCCUGCCUUCACCCAAGCUCAUCAAGGAUCGUCUCGUCUCUUUGAUUUCGCUUAUUCUGCAACCUGCGCUCUUCAUCGUCCCCUUUGCCGGCUUCCAGCUCCUGGAUAUCUACUGGAAGAACGAGCAUCGCUUGAUGUGCACGUCUGACAUCUGCACUGCUACUGAGAGAGAUCGCUAUGAGAAAUCCAUCUACAAAGCUCAAAGGAAUGUCAUUCUCUGUGCUGCAUCAAUCCUCCUCUAUUGGUGUGUGUACCGCAUUUGUAAGUAUCACAAGGAGAUUCAGAGCUUGGAGGAAGUGGAGAAGAGGUACAAGGAGCAGUAGCUUUCUUAUCCAUGUCCAGUCCUAUUAAAUUAGUUGGAGAUGACUGAGUUUAUAUCGUUUGACACACUAUGUAGAACUGAAAUUGCCAACAAUCAUUGCUCUCGUGAUAUGAACCUCAUGUAUGUCCAAUUGCCGCCAUCUGUGUGCUUGUGGCAUGUUCUUUUUGUAGCUCUAAGCUUCUCUUUGUUUUCAGUUGAUGGUAAGACAUGACUCCUCUUUUGUUC